UGUUGAUUGUUGUCUCGCAUAUUCUUUUAUACUAUUAGUCAUAUUAUUCUAGCAGUUGUUUGUCCUUUGAGUUCGGUUAAUAUCUCUGGUUUCUAUUGCUCUUCCAUUAUCGUGUAGCUAAAUUGACCACUGUUUAGAAUGAUAAGUCAGGUUGUUGGUAGUAUUUCGUGAUGACUUUUUUCAUUUUAGUGUAUUCUUUCUCUAUAUUGUUUUUCCUCCCGAGCUAAAGGGUGUAUGAAAAACAGUCUUUCUACCUCUAAGGUAGUAUUAAGGCGUGCAUACACUCUGCGACCUCCCAUACCCCUCUUUGUGCGAUUACAGUGGAAUAUGUUGUUGAAGUAAAUGAUGCUAAUGUAUUCUAAGAAGUGAUCACUUUUUAGUUUUUAUGGAUAUUUUUAGUAUUUUGUGAUUAAAGUUUGUGCUAAAUUUACAAGGAAUAUAAGUUACUACAUGGCUUCAUCCAACCAUAUCAAGUAGUGCUGAAGCAAUUGAAAGAAGUGAUGAUCUUGUUCUCAAGAUUCUAGUACUCCUCCCACUUCCCAGCAAAACCUCUGUUCAUGUUCAAAUUAGAUUCUAAACAUUGGUGAUAACUCAUUUCUGAUCUUUAUAUAUACUCCUUGUGGAGGCCUCAAAACUUCCCCGAGUGCACUCAUUGUCCAGAGGUUAGCUUGGUCAUCCUGGGAUCAAUGUGACAACUUCUCUGUCUUUCCUCUCGAAAAUGAGUAUACUUCUGGUUGUCGACUCUUGGAUUUCAUCAAAGGCGAUGCUUUAACUGAUAUCAUUGAAAUUAUGAGCUCGUGUGGUGGUUUUAUUUUGUGUUGUUGUCAUAAACAACGGAUCAGAGAGUACUACGUCUGUAACCCGAGCACUAAGCAAUUCAGCAUUGUUCCCAGUAGUGGCGGAGCCAGACAUUUUAUGAACGGUGUACAUACAGGUAAUCUUCUCUAUAUUUCAGCAUUUAUGUUGGCUCUUCAUUAUCUCUUGUUCGUUAAAUAGUGUUGGGCAUCAGUGGCAGAGCCAGACAUUUUAUGAACGUUGUGCAAAAUUUUUAAAUGUGUGUUGGACAUUAGUGCUGGAGCGAGACAUUUUAUGAACGGUGUGCAAAAUUUUAAAAUGUACACCGAACGUUCGACCUCGGGCCUCAAAGCUUCUAACUCACUCUUUACCAUUGAGCCAGAGGCUCUACUUACGUUAAUUGUGUGCAAACUUGUGUAUAUAUUUUACAACUUCACUAAUUUGACCAAUAUAUACGGUAUAAUUUUCCGACAAAGGGUGUUCAGUUGCACACCCAUCAGUGGCUGUAGCUCCGCCCCUGGUUCCAAGUCUGGAUAGGAGUUAUAUAUGCGAGACUUGUGUUUGGCUUUUGAUCCUUCAAAAUCACCUCACUAUAGAAUUCUUAAGGUUGGCUUACAUUACAAUGAGAUGAACUCUUCAGAGUUAAACUCCUGGAGGAGAUUACAUGAUCCGUUUCCAAUGUCAAUUCUAUCGGAAUUGAGAGGAACCACGGGAGUUUUCUUCAACGGAGCUAUCUUUUGGGCGUUUAAUAGCUGGUGUUAUUUCAAUGUGGAUACAGAGACUCUGCGCUACUUAGACAAUCCGAUGCAAGAAAUGAAUACUACUUAUCCAUAUACAGAUUAUUGGCUUGGAUGUGUCAACGAGCGUUUGUAUUUUGUUGGCCCUGCAGACGAUGGAUGGAUCCCUCAUGUCAGCGUGUUUGAAUUGGGAAACGAAUACUUGUGGAUCCUAAAGUAUAGGAAUGACGCAUUGGAACUUUGGAGUAGUUUUCUUUCGGUUAUGGCAAGAGAAGAUGAACUAUUUAUGGCCGCAUACGUGCAUGAUCAUGACCAAGUGAUGUUAAUGAAGCUAAGUGAUAAUACUUGCAGCAUGGUCUUGCCAAUGCCAUUACAUGCUUCUGCUCGCAUUGGGUCUGCAAAUUAAGUUCAUCAUUUCAUUCAGAAUCCAUUCUUGGUUAUCUAAGUAUAGACUUCUCUAUAACAGUUUCCUUUGGAAUCGAUUAUGUUAUGUCAUAUUAUAUGUUCUUUAUAAUUGUAUCUGGUCCACUAUAUAAGUAGUUGUAAGGUCUAUCAAGUAUCAUCCCCAAAACUUCACUUCAUGUGGACUGGGGUAUGUUGCUGUUGUUGUUUUGUAAGAGUGGAACUUCACAAAUAUAUUGUGUUUUUAUGUUUA